AUGGAUGGACCUAUUUCUGUGGCAAGCUAUGCCAAAGGUAGAGCCUGCCAGAGUCCCAUUGCCACCUUCACACCCGAUGGUUUGGCACUGGGUGGAGUGAUGCUUUCUUCUACAAGGGAUCAACUUUUAAGAUGCAACUCGAGUUGGUCGCUCUCUGAGGGUGGAGUUCUACUGUCAGCUAUGGAGUGUGCUAAGCAGGAUGCAUGGGAUCGGGCGAGGAGUACUGAGAAAGGCGACCCAUCUGUGCAUCCAUGUGUUGCAGCUGCUUGUUUGAAGUCUGGUUUGGUGUCAGGGGUCAGGACCACUUCCUGGUGUGAUCCCCAGGUUCUAUCACCAGACGUUGGUGGUCAGGGUGCAGGCCAUUCUGGUCAUGGUGCUGGCACGUGA